UGCGGCCCGGUGACCCCAGCCUGGCUCCAACCCAGGCGCGGGGAUCGGGCCCCACGGAGCCUAGCCGCCCUGGCCUGGGCUCCCGGCGCGCUGGCUGCGGCCACUCAACGCCCUCCUUUGUCUGCUCCCGCCCACAGGGUCCCCUUCUCGGCCGCCCCCCCGCCCACGGGCCGCCCCCCGGGCCCCUCGUCCCCUCCCCCGCUGGCGGGGCCCGGACAGAAGAUGGUGCAGAAGAAAACAGCCGAACUUCAGGGCUUCCACCGUUCGUUCAAGGAUCGCCAGGCUGUGGGGCUGGCCCCAUCCUGCAGGGGCAGAAUCCUUUCGAGCUGGCCUUCUCCCUAGACCCGGCCCACCACGGGGAGACGGACUUGAGCCUGGAGUGCCCAGCCCGCCCUGAUAUGCCCUCGAGCCAGCCCAUCGACAUCCCUGAUGCCAAGAAGAGGGGCAAGAAGAAGAAGAGGUGCCGAGCCACUGACAGUUUUUCUGGCAGGUUUGAAGAUGUCUACCAGCUGCAGGAGGACGUUCUUGGGGAGGGUGCCCACGCCCGCGUGCAGACCUGUGUCAACCUCAUCACCAAUCAGGAGUAUGCCGUCAAGAUCAUUGAGAAGCAGCCGGGCCACAUUCGGAGUAGGGUUUUCCGGGAGGUGGAGAUGUUGUAUCAGUGCCAGGGACACAGGAACGUUCUGGAGCUGAUUGAGUUCUUUGAGGAGGAGGACCGCUUCUACCUGGUGUUUGAGAAGAUGCGGGGCGGCUCCAUUCUGAGCCACAUCCACAAGCGGCGGCACUUCAAUGAGCUGGAAGCCAGCGUGGUGGUGCAGGAUGUGGCCAGCGCCCUGGACUUUCUACACAACAAAGGGAUUGCCCACAGGGAUCUAAAGCCGGAAAACAUCCUCUGUGAGCACCCCAACCAGGUCUCCCCUGUGAAGAUCUGCGACUUUGACCUGGGCAGUGGCAUCAAACUCAACGGGGACUGCUCCCCCAUUUCCACCCCGGAGCUGCUCACACCGUGCGGUUCCGCUGAGUACAUGGCCCCGGAGGUGGUGGAGGCCUUCAGCGAGGAAGCCAGCAUCUACGACAAGCGCUGCGACCUCUGGAGCCUGGGCGUCAUCCUCUACAUACUGCUUAGCGGCUACCCGCCCUUCGUGGGCCACUGCGGCAGCGACUGCGGCUGGGACCGCGGAGAGGCCUGCCCCGCCUGCCAGAACAUGCUGUUUGAGAGCAUUCAGGAGGGUAAGUACGAGUUUCCUGAAAAGGACUGGGCCCACAUCUCCUUCGCUGCCAAAGACCUCAUCUCAAAGCUCCUCGUCCGUGAUGCCAAGCGGAGGCUGAGCGCUGCCCAAGUCCUGCAGCAUCCCUGGGUGCAGGGGUGCGCCCCAGAGAACACGCUGCCCACGCCCAUGGUCCUGCAGAGCCGAGGCCAUUGCCAUGAACCGGCAGCUGGCCCAGCGAGAAGAGGACGCGGCCGAGGAGGCGGGGCAGGACCAGCCCGUGGUCAUCCGAGCUACCUCACGCUGCCUGCAGCUCUCUCCGCCCUCCCAGUCCAAGUUGGCCCAGCGGCGGCAGCGUGCCAGCCUGUCCGCCGCCCCCGUGGUCCUGGUGGGAGAGCACGCGUGACCCCCUCCUUCCCUCUGUACAUAGGCCGCCCCACCCCCUUCAAAUCUAAAGAUUUUUUUAAGCUAUUGCCUGCGGGUGACCAGCGGGCUGCCGGCCCCCCAGCUGGCUUCCUAGGCGCUAAGCUCAGCUCCGGGGGGUCUUUUUAUAUAAGGUUUCUGCUGUUGGGUUUUUUUUCUUUUUUUCUGUUCCCUUUCUUUAAAAAAAGAUUUUUUUCCCCCCUCUUAACGGUGUUAAAAGCAAAGCGGGCGCCGGGGAGGAGAACGGAGGGCGCGCGGCUGGGUGGGCCCCCUCCCGCCGCCCCGGCCCCAGAAGCGCCCGGUACUGUGAAGGCCCCUCCCCGCCGCCCGCGUGACUCAGGAGAGGAGGGCGCGGCGUCUUCCCGGGCGGGCGAGCGGGAGCCGGACCGCGCGUCCCCCUCCCCACCCUCACAGUAUUUUCAGGGACGGGUCGCCCCCCACCUCCCUUGACGAGACGGUAGCUUCUUCCCUCCCCACAGACACCCUGGGGGCGAGGCGGGGGCUGGGGCUUCUCAGGUCUCUGUCGUAAAAGUGGGACCUGGGGGCUGGCGGGGUGGCUCCGCCCACUGGACCCCCUGCCGACUGACAAUCCGGGCUCCCUCGGAUCCUGACCUUAAGCUGCAGAGGACCGGGGCCCUUAGCCCCCCCCGGGGACAGUCCACCCGGGAGAGUGGCGCUAGAGGAGGUGGGGGGGCCAGACAGGCGGCCGUCAGCCAACGGGGGGGGGGUCCCGCGGACCCCCCCCCACCCGGGCACCCGAGUGCCCUUUCUCAGGGCUCAGUCUGAUCACGGCCACGUCACGCCCGGUCGCUCCCCGGCUCUGGCGUGGAAGCUCUGUCGGCCCCCUCCUCCUGGCGUCUCAGAAUCCCCCGACCCCCAAGGGCGGUGUCUCUACCCCGCCCGCCUUCAGGAAAGGCCGCGGCUGCCACGCCCCCUCCGCCCGCGCCAGAGUCAGAAGUCGCGUGACCCGCGGGGCCGGGGAGACUCUGACGCCCUGCGCCCUCGGGUGGGACACUAUGCAAUCCAGGCUUUCUUUUUUACCGCACACGUGCUUCUGCUAGCGGGGCGCCCCGCGGCCGUCUGGCUUCUAGCUGUUCGCCCAUUUCCUUAGCUUCUUAAGACAGUGAUUCACUUCCCUUCCCUGUUGAAAAAUACUUGAAUGUGGGGGGGGAGGGGUGGCUUGGGUGCCGUCUCUGCGGCCCUCUCAGCCUCGUAGAUUGUCGCAGUCCGUGGUGGCUGGUGGGGGGCCGCCGCCCCCUCCCGCCCGGAUCUGUGGACUGGCCUUUCCAAAGACUGGGGGUGGGGAGGCCACCCCCCAUCAUUUCUCGCCCAUCAGUGAUUCCACGUUUUGCAAUUUUGGGGAUUCUGCCUUUUUGUAAAAAAAAAAAAAAAACAAAUGGAUUCUCCCGCAGCCGGCGCCGUGGCCAUUUUACUAGGGAAAGCUGAGCUGUGAGCAGCUUUUUUUUUUUUUUUUUUUUCCUUCAAAGGUGGGACAGCCACUUCCUCCCCCCUGUCACAUCGACAGCGCGGCCUGGAGGACUGGUCAGAACCGUUACUGUGAAUGAGCAACCUGGUCCCAGGCUGCUCUGGCGCUGGGGGAAGGGGGAAUAGCAGUGUUUCAAUGUUAAGAUGUGUAAAAAAGACAAAAAAAAACAAAACUUUUUUUUAAAGUGGGGGAAAAAACAUCCAAGCACUUUAACUCCACUGUACCAGGUGAACUGAUACAGCUCAGAAGUUUUCCUUGACACCAACUGUCAAUGCCGGAAUUUUAUAUUCUGUUUUGUAAGGAUUUAAUAAAAGUCAUAAAAGCUA